AUACAUCAUGACUGUACUUUCUUUCGUGUUUACAAUCGUCGUGUGGUGAUCUAACAUGUUUUCGGUGUUGGUUUCAAAUUUCAGUCAUGCAUUCAUCCGGGCGCUCCUGUACGCAACCGAUCAGAUGGCUCAUAUUUUUACUCUAUCGCAGGUGGUCAAUAUCGCGAGUAGCUCUAGCAUGGCACGAACGCUGUGCUGUACGUCCAUCGUCGUCAGGUUAUGUCCGUCACACUCACAUGAAGCCGUGGCUAAAUCGGACUGCCGUGGCGUGUCCAGGUUCACCAGCAGUAAGACUUGUACUAGUACUAGUAGUAGCUCGUCUUCGUAGUUCUUGUUCUUGUUCUUCACUCUACAACAAUGUGCUGGAUAGAUGACUGGUAUAAAGGCUGAAAGCUGGCAAUUAUUUCGUGGUCCAGAGUUGUUAGCUUCUGAAAAGAACGGCUUCAGAACAGGUAAUCCAACAGCAAAGCAAAGGCAGAUAGAGGCAUUGGUGACGCUACGAGCUGGAGCAGUAGAACUAGAAGGAAGAAAGUUCGUGUAGUACAGACCGGUGCUGUGUUUGUGUGUGUGCGGGUGGGUGGGUGUUGCGCCAGAACGACCCACAACACUAGCGGCGGUUACGUUGAUACUAGCAGUUGGAAUUCUUAGAAUCUACAGAUACGCCGGAACCACCCUGCUUCGGUAGUUGAGCGUCCGGAGCGGACCGAGGACGUCAAGCGGAACUAGCCGGCUGUGGUCGGAACAGGAGGGCUGCAGCGAUCCGCAGUUCCGGGGCACAGCACAGUCAGGAUUGAUGGGUGGUCAGUUGCGACACGUCGGUGUGUAACAGCGGCAGCGACUCUGAGAAGGAAUCCGUUGUGAUGGCGCUGCCCACAAGUUCAGGCGAAGGCAGCAGUGGAGAUGACAUGGGAAGUGGAUCAUUACCAUCACCAACACAAUUGGUACCUACAGGACCAUCCUCAACAUCAGGCACCCUGCCUGGAGCAUCCUCAACAUCGUCCAUGCAAGCUGGAGCAUCCCCAACACAGUCCAUGCAGACUGGAACAUCCUCUCUGCCAGCCACACCUGUCACAUUUAUCAGUCCCUCGCCCCUGACCAGUUCCACAAGACAAGACGUGUCGUCACCUGUGACCUCACUCCCUGUGGUCCACCCAUCGCCGUCCACGGAGAGCACACUUGCACAGUCAAUAUCUGCAACCAGUAGCAGAGCAACUCCAGCCUAUGAAUCUACUGCAGCAUCCAAUAGAAGUGCACCAUCAACUUCACUAACAGGAGCACCAUCAUCAGCACCUGGUGUGUCAUCAUCAAGCCAGUCGUUGUCGUCAAGCUUCACUGGCUACCACACAACUACCAAUGGUUCCACGACUUCUAUGCCAGAAUCGACUGAAGCAUCCGCUAGCCGUGGCCUGGGAACAGGCACCAUUAUUGGAGUCGCAGUUGGCGGAGGUUUCGUGCUACUGAUCCUAAUCCUAAUAGUGGUGUGCGUGGUACGACGCCGAAGGGCAAAGACUGUCUAUUUCAUGGAUCAGACAGUGGGCAAAUACGGCACUGGUCCAAGGCAGAGGUCCGUUAUCAAAUACUCCUCAAAACCCAUGGCUUUUUUCAGCAACAGCCUCUAUGAGAAAUGUGACGCUGCAGAGGAUGUGGAGGCAAGCGGUGAAGAGACCAAGUUCACAAUGUCUACAGUGAGCAGCACUUCAGCACUCAUCGUUCACAAUCAAAGUGCCGUCACCCUCAGCCCGCCUAGCAAGCGUGAAUACGACCAUCUGCAGUUCCUGCAACACAACCCCGGCGAGAAGGGCACCCGGGCCAAUGGUCAUGUUUCCAAUGCCGGUUCCAGUGAUCCAACCUACGACAAGCUGAACAUUCCUCUGGCGGCCAAUGGCGCCAUUCCUUCAGGCUCGCACCGUCCAUCCCAGUCCAAUUCGCUAGCUGUAUCUCCAGCAUCAGCAUCAGCGUCUAACCAGCCAGGCCUUAUGACAGAAAGCAGGCGCCGUGGCAGCCAGGAGAGCGGAGGCUCCCGCCACUCAAGCUCUGCGGAGGAAUCAGCUGACUACCGGCCGUUGGUGAAGGGAGCCGUGACCGCUACAACCUAUGAGGAAGUCCAGCUUCCAUCUCUGAGUAAUGGCGGUGAGGGUGCCCUUGGUCCAUCGUCACAGAGAGUCAUUGCUUCACUGCCAGCAGGCUCCUUGUAUGACAGUGUGGACCAGAUGCAAUCUGUUACAAAGUUCGGCGGAUCAACUAGCCAUCUAGACAGCAGUAUCAGCAAGAAUGGGGAAAUUGCAGAGCCACCGCUCACAAUCAGACGUACUGCCAGCGUGCAACACGUGAGCACAGUGGGCAUUGCCGGUGAGGUACCCAAGCUACCAGCGCGGAGGAAAGCCGCACCACGAUGUAGCUACACGUCCCAAUCCAGCAGUCCUGGCACUGGCAGGGCAAUGACAGCAGCGCGGACUCACAGUACAGUCACUGCCCCCGGCAGCAUGCAGCCACUGAAGGCUAGCCAGCGGAGCAGGUCCUUCACCAGUAUUCCGACAAACGCCAACAUCCUCAAACGAAGUCUUCCUGUACCCGUAAUGUUAGCCGCGUCGAGCGCUCGCCCGUCCACCAGUGCCUACGCAAAGGUAAGUGAACUGAACGGCGGUGCUGCUAAUCAGGCUCAUAGCGCCUGCUCACCGCCGCUGGCUGGAAGUCAAACGCUGCCAAAAGGAUGCCAUGCGUCUUCUGUCAAGUCAUCAUCAUCAUUACCACCGACCUCACACAGCCAAACGAACACCCUGAACCGACAGUCGACGGGCGGCAAGCGACCCCCGAAGCCACCACGCUCGCAGAGUGCUACGUUCCUUUUGUUAUCAAAUCAAUCAGCACCGGUGCACAACAACCGGGUCGUCAAGUCACCAUCAGUAUCUCCGGAUGAGACACCGCCUCCCAAACCGCCAAGGCCCAACAGCAUGAACAGGGAUGCUGCUGGCCACCCCAGACUUCUGCUGCCUGACAUCUCAGAUAGAAAGUUGGAGCUUGUAAAUGGAUCUAUUCCAGAAGCUGCACCACCCCAGGAACCUUGUCCAGCCAAGCCGUCAUUGCCGUUAGACCUUACUCUCCCCGAAAAUCACACCGGAGAAUUAUCUGUCGAAUCUGUACACUCGUCAGAGCUGAGCAACCCGACAUCUCUGUUGUCAGUAUUUACGGCAAGCGCAUCAAAUGGAAGCAGUCCGGCAGAUGUAGAAGGUGACCAUGAGGCUGCCUCUGCCGGUGAGCGAAAUGAUAGCGGUGAGGCGGACACUGGUAACGGGGAUGACGUGCUGCGCAAGAAAUAUGCCAAGGUGGAUCCGGUCAGGAAACAGGCCAGCCGCACUCUCCGCCAGUGCCUGGAAAUCAUCUCUGGACAAACUGAUGAGGUAGGUGCUACUGCAGCAGCUGAAGAUACCACUGGUACAUCCACACCAGAGGAACAUGAUGUGCUCACUGGUACAUCUACACCAGAGGAACGUGAUGUGCCCACUGGUACAUCCACACCAGAGGAACGUGAUGUGCCCGCUGCAGACAACACUGGGUCUUCCAUGCUGAUUGAAGAUGAGGAGCCCACUGGCGAUAAGACAAUGGCUGCAGGUGUGGUAGCAGAAGUUGAAGGAGCAGAUCGUGCCGCGGACAUCAUCAGUCUUUGAUGUGUGAUGUGGAACAUGGCGAAAAUGCAUGCAUGUGUGAUAUUCAUAGCUGAGUAUUCCUGUAGGCAACAGAAACACAGAUUACUGUGCAGUAGUGAGUGUUUUGACAGUCGCGUGCCACAUCUCCAAGUGGAAGUGGAGUCCCUAUCGCUGUCUGUCUUGUACCUUGGCCCUGAGACUGUGACUCCCGAUAUACUUGCAGCUGGCACAUCGUGACACAAGCGGUGGUGACAUUGUACAGAAAGAAAUAUUGCUGCACAGUAUUACCUAAUCAGUGUGCGUAUAUAUGGGAAAUGCAUUUAUGAGAGAGAGAGAGAGAGAGUGUGUGUGUGUGUGUGAGAGAGAGAGAGAGAGAGAGAGAGAGAGAGAGAGAGAGAGAGUGUGUGUGUGUGAGAGAGAGAGAGAGAGAGUGUGUGUGUGUGUGUGUGUGUGAGAGAGAGAGAGAGAGAGUGUGUGUGAGAGAGAGAGAGAGAGAGAGAGAGAGAGAGUGAGAGAGAGAGAGAGAGAGAGUGAGAGAGAGAGAGAGAGAGAGAGAAUAUGGUGGAGUGAGUGCACGGCUUUGUCUGUGGGAAAAUUGAAUGUUAUAUUAUAAUUUUCUCAGUGCGGCUGCAAAGCAUUAUAAACAGGCUUAUGUUUCUUUCCGUAUUACAUGCCUCAUUUUAUGCAUUCGACUUUCUGCCGCGUUUCAUUGCAGUUCUUCUGCCAAAAGUACCCCUCAGAAUCUGGCCCCUAACAUUCUGACAUUGAUACUUUCUUAUGAUGUUGAUGAUAGUCACAUGCUCUCAUCAGUGAUAUUGUUCGCUACACAUGUACACAUUCGAUGCACAGUCAUUGUGGACAUGCUGACGCAAACUUUGAGGCUGUCUUCAAGAUUCCUUACUUUGUACACUCCUCUAGAGUGUGUCCCUUUCUUCCUUGCUAGUAUCACCGAGCUACUUGACAAUAUAAAACAAAUGGCAGCACA